AGCACCUCUCUUACCGGGACCCGGAAAAACAUGGCCACCCCGAGCCGGCGUAUCCGGAAACUGGCUCGAAGAAGACGGGGAUUGGCCAUCGCUUCCGGAACUUGUGAGCUUUGUUUCGGAGCGGGAGCUCUUCCGAGACGCACUGGGGGCCGGAUGUAGAAUCCUGCUUAUCUGCGAAAUGCAGUUAACACAUCAGCUGGACCUAUUUCCCGAAUGCAGGAUUGUCGAUCCAUUUCAGAUACUUGUGGCAGCAAACAAAGCAGUUCACCUCUACAAACUGGGAAAAAUGAAGACAAGAACUCUAUCUACUGAAAUUAUUUUCAACCUUUCCCCAAAUAACAAUAUUUCAGAGGCUUUGAAAAAAUUUGGUAUCUCAGCAAAUGACACUUCAAUUCUAAUUGUUUACAUUGAAGAGGGAGAAAAACAAAUAAAUCAAGAAUACCUAAUAUCUCAAGUAGAAGGUCAUCAGGUUUCUCUGAAGAAUCUUCCUGAAAUAACGAAUACUACAGAAGUCAAAAAGAGAUGUGGUCUCACUAUGUUGCCCAGAUUGGUCUCAAACUCCCGGACUCAAGUGAUGCUUCUGCUGUGCCUCCCAAAGCGCUGGAAUUACAGGCAUGAGCCACUGAGCCCAGCUGGUUAUUGUUUUUGUUUUUAAAUUUUUUGCCUUGGUGAUUUUAUAUCCAUCAGUUCACCUCCCUCUCCAUACUUACCAUGGCUACUCCAGCUAACCCUUCGCAAGCCUCUGGAUCCUGGUUCUAAGUGUCUUUCACUUCUAGGAACUCAUUUAAUUCUUGCAGCAACCUUAUGAGGUAGAUACUGUUGUUACCCCCAUUUUACACACAAGGCCCAGGGGCAGCUACUGUGCAGAGGCCUGGCGGCUCCAGCUGAGGGUGGUCACUCAGAGGGACACCUCGGCAGAGCUCCCACCCUUCUUCCUGGCAGAGGCCCAAGUGGAAGUGGGGGUGUUCCUCGUGAGAAGAAGAAAGGUUGUGCCAGGGGGACUCUGAGGGUGCACAUGGAGCCUGGGCAAGGAGGGGCAACCAGGGCCACAGCAGGACUGGUGCCCCUGCUCCCAAGAACCCCCAACAACUGUACCCUUGCAGUGCCACUGUGAACCUGCCAUUGCCCCUUGGCCUCCAGAGGGCAAAGAGCCAUGUGUGGGAGGGGGAGUCAGAACGCAACCCCAAGAAGUCAGACCCCAGCUGCUGAGGCAGGUCCGUGGCCCCAGCCUGGGGCCUGCCUCAGCACUCUUCUGAGCACUCUCACCUCAUCCCUGACCCUGUCAGGUUCUUGGGAGGGCUCUGUCUUCCUCCUCCACAUUGACAUUCACCUUGUCCAACACCUGGCCCCCUGGCAGGAUCCUCAUUUCCCAGUCUCCCUUCUUCGGAGGUGCACUGGGCAAGCGGAGCCAGGCCUCUUGGGUCCCCUGGAGUGGAAGGAGGUACAAAAUGGAAUGGGUAAAGUAUAACUGCCACAGGCACUCACCCAGGAAUGUCAGCAAUGAAAGAGAAUGAAUUCCUCUUUCCAGGCAGUAUGGAGUCCCAGGAAGACUCUAAGUUCUGCUACUGAUGGAUGAAUGGGGUGCCUGUAGAGUGUGGAAGGCCUAGGCAUGGGUUCUAAACUCCUUCCCAGCUGCCUGACCCCCAAAGUCCGUCCUCUGGCGGUGGGGAAAUAGAAUUACAAACAAAAUCUAUCCCAGCAAGCCUCUCUGCAGAGGUAGGAGAGGAAGAAAACACUUUCAUCAUUGAAGAGGCAUUAACUCAGAGUGAGAUGUGCAUCACAGGCAAUGAUCCGCUAAGAUGCUGCAAAGGCAGAAGGAAAUCUUAUCGCUAAUCUAGCCAGUGGGUCCAACCCAUUGCUCACUGCACACAUUCUCAAGAAGAGUAAUGCCUGGUCCUCAGAUCAGUGGACUUCUCAGCACCUUUGGCCACACCCGUUUCAUUGGAGAUUCAACCUCAAUUUACCUGACCACCUGCAUUUGCUAAUUACCUUGUUACAAAGGAAAAUAAACUCUUACCUUCACGACAGGAGGUAGAUUUACCACUCACAGCAGAUGUUAGGCCCCUACCAUGCCACAGAGACUGGCAGAUAGGGCCCUGGCUGCUCUGAUGAUGAUGUUUCAAAGACGGGCUCCCAGGUCCUUCGGGAACACAGUCGUGGGUUGCAAAGCUGGCAAGAGGCUUAUUUAGCUGUCAGAAAGCAUUGCAUGCCCCUCAAAGGGGCAGAGGAAGAUUUACAAUGACAAGUUUUCCAAAGAAAAGGCUCUGAGAGAGGACACCGCUUCCCUUGUUUUUAACAGGGAGAAUUAAGCCUCUUCAUUGUCUUUAUUCUUUUUUUUUUGUUCCAAUUGCCCUAACAGUUUCUGAGAGCAGUGUUCCAUGACUCCUCAGUCAGGCCACCAGUUCUUCCGAGCCCAACACAGGGUCUUUGGUGUGAAAAUUUCUGUUUUUCCCUUAUUGCUUAAAAAAAAAAAAAAAAAAAAAAAGCCACUCAGCUUGCUUAGUAUUUUGCAUAAACCUGCAUUUCCCUUCAAGAAAACUUUAGCUCUGAGGAAGUGAGGUGAGAUGUGGUUAAGGCACCUCCCCAGGCUGGGCUGCUGGUUUGCCCCCGCCCCUCAUAUAGGCUUCCCUGGUCACCCCUCACUGUCGCAAAGUAAGACCUGAAUAUGAAAGCUUUCACAUGCAGCCCAGAUCCACGCACCUUUGGGUUUGCACUUCAGGCAUUGUCUGCAGCAAGUGCUCAGUCCAGGCCAGCUUCCAGAAGCUCCAAGACUCAUCCCUUUAUUCAGGAAUUGAAAAUGAACUGGAACUGAAGACUUUUAAACUGGAAGACAUUUCAGAAAUGAUCAAAUUUAAUAGUUCCCAAGCUUUUGGAAUCACAGAGACCUUCGAAGAUCUGAUGUAGAAAGUGAGCCCACAAAUUUGCACACCAUUGCGAGUUUAAGGAGCCCCUGGGUUGCCCGUGAAGCAGCCCUUCACGUUUUAGUUGAGGAGGCUGCAGCUGAGCCCUGUCUCCCAAGGCAGAGGUCUGGGCUUUUAGUGGGAAAAAUAGCACCCACGUCACAGCAGGCAACAGAAGCUGACUGGCUAUGCUAAGUCUGAUUAAGAAAACUCUGGUGAGCGUUUUUGAGAGGCUGCAUUUUAGGGGCUUAGUUUCAGGUUUUCUGUGUGGCCGAUCAGUUCUGUGUUCAAGGCUGGCUGCCAGGAGUGGACUUUAAUUGCUGGGCCUACACAUCAGUGUUGCAGAGAGGCUGACGAACUGCAUCAACAGUCUCUUCCCUCUGUCCCACUGAGGGCAGUCUCAGUGACAGGAGCCUCUGUCCCUGACCCCAAACCGUCCUGUCCUCCACUCUGUGGGCUUCUGAAAGGAACAGAAAGGGCCAAGGCUGAAUCCGCAUCUGCACUUGGGGAAAGGAAUCUCAGCAGAAUCCGGGUGGCCCACAGUUCCCUUAUCCCAUGAGCCACGGGGUUCAGGGUUCAGGAAAACCCAACCAAGCGCCCUGCAUCAUGCUGUGAGGCUGCCCUAAGGCCUGCAAUCCUGAGACCCCCAACCAAUGGAAAGGCCCCCUCUUAGUCAAGGGGACCCCAGGGAAAUCUGAAAAUGAAUUCCUGGCCGUGGUGGAAGGGGAGGUGAGAGACACCUCAUGAAAGCCCUGCGCCUUUGGAGUAUAAAAUAGGCAUCGUUAGAUUAUUCAGAAUGGACUCUGUGACAAUCAGGUACAGAUUAUGAACAAGACCCGAGGCCAUGCAAGGCAAGAAUUAACACACACCCUAGAAACCACAGCGUCUCCUUCAGUGGGUUUAAAUUGACCCAGGAUACUGUGGCUGACGUUCCUACCUGACUCUGGGACAGCAUCACGUGGCAGAGGCAGAUCCUCUCUCUGAACUGAAGCGUUCCUGUGUACCAACUUCACGUCUUCAGACAAAGCUGAACUCUCAACCAAUUGCCAAUCGGAAAAUCUUUGAAUCCACCUAUGACUUGUAACGCCCCCGACUUCAAGAUAUCCCACCUUGUUAGGCCGAGUCAAUGUACACCUUCCAUGGAUUAAUUUAUGAUGUUACUCCAAUUCCUGUCCCCCCACAUGUAGAAAACAACGGCCCCAGCACAUGUUUUCAGGACCUCUUGAGAUCCUCAGGCCAUGGUCACUCAUAUUGGCUCAGAAGAUGCCUCUUACAGAUCAUUUAAGAGUUUGGUGUUUUUGUUAACAAGCCCAACCACAGGCCUUGGCAUACCGUUUGCUCAGCUUGGGAAUUCCCAGACCAGCUACAGGCCCCCGCCUUCUCCCAACCAGCACACUUUUUGUCUCCAUCCACCAUCAGUUCCACCUGUGGUCACCCAGGUGGGCCUCUGCCGGCUGCCGAUCUGCACCUGUUUCCCACCCCUCCUGAUUGCAGGGUGCCCCCUCUGUGGGCAGUGCUCCCUGUCACUCAGCCCCUCAGCCCCUGAGCUCCCUGGGGUUCUCCAUCUCUAUGGGGUGCUGGUGUCCUCGGGCCAGGACUCCUUUAGUAUAACCUGGCUCCUGCUAUGAAAUGUACAGUCCCCAGAAAGUGUGACUGAGUCCCGAUGUAAACCUUCUCUGUCACCUGGAAUGCAGGGCAUAGCCCUCACCUUUGUGCUGGUGGUGAGCAAGGAAGCAGAGAGCUUCAACUGGGUUGGCAAACAGCGGAUGUCCUAUGCAGUGCCAGUCUUGGGAGGAAGCUGACGCCGUGCACAGAAUGGCAGAAAAACACCAGGUCAAACCCACUUUCAGGUCACCCUGUCUGUCUUCCUAGAGUUGGUGGUUUUUUGAGCGAUUAGAUCACCUCUGUUACUUAAGGUAAUUUUAGGUGGCUUUUUGAUACCUGUGAUGUAAAACUCCUGACUGUCAAGUUCAGUCUCCUAACAAAGUUAUUCUGGAUGUGAUGUCUCCACCAUUGUCCUGUUCCCGGAGCCCCAUCAGGUGUGUCCUCCUGGGUGGCAGCCACGCCUCUGAUAUCUUGUGCCUUCAUGCCAAGCCCAGGCCCGGCACACUGCAGAUUCUCAGCCUGUUGGGCUCCCUUGCUCCAGGCUCAUUCCCUGUGACCACAUAGGGGAAUGCACUGGGGAAUGCACUCCCUACUGUGUUACAGCCUAGCUCUUUGACCCUAGGGUUUAUGAUUAUCAAAAAUUAAGGAGCCAACCAAUGAGGGGGCAGCCAGCCUGCUUUCCAGAGAUGGGCGGGCCCUGGACACUAUCUCCUGGAUGCCAGUGAGCGGCUGAGAGCUGAAGCUCCCUGGACGCUCAAGGCUCUUGUGGUGACAGGUGAGGGGACUGGGUGGAAGGACAGUGCUCUGAGCAUGCACCUUCCUUGGGAUCUGGAGGCUGGGCUGUGUUUUGUGCUUGGCUCUUAUGCCCCCUCAGCAACGUAAACAUUUGUUAUCAAGGGGGAAGAAGUCUUUGCUGAAACUUGUGCUUGGACACAGGAUUUCUGUGAUGUAUGGUCCCUGGAGGAGGACUAAAGGGUUGGAUAUGUGGCCUGCCUGCGGUAGGUGCCCCCUCAAUGCACCAAGAAGCUGAGAGAGCCAGGAAAAGGGAACAGAGGGAGGAGUGGGUAGUUCAUCUAUCAAGGCUUUGUAAAAGUUAUUUCAUUCAAUCUUCAAAACAACUCUAGAAGGCAGGUUUUCUUCUCCCCUGUUCUAUAGAUGAAGAAAUGGAGGCUCAGAGAGGUUAAGUGACAUGCCCAAGGUCACACAGCUAGAAAGGGAUGGAGCUAGAUUCCAAUGCAGGUCUUUCUGACCCUACCUUCUCCCAGUGGCAGAGGCCUGCUUCCUCAUGGGCAAAAGCGGAAAGACACACCCUUGAGCAGGUCUCCCUGUUCCUGCAAGGCUGGAAGCCAUGAAGGCACUCACAUGGUUUCCUCUCUCUUCUCCAGGCCUGGUGUAAAGGCAUGCAGGGAGGCCUAGCUCUGUCUCCUGGACUUAGAGAUUUCAGACACAGAAGUCUGUCCAUGGCUGCUUAUCACAUCCGCAAAUACCAAGAGAGCAACCACAAGUGGGUCGUGGGCUUCUUCUCCAGGGGGAUGAAUGAGCAUGCCCUGACCACCUUCCGGCAAUUGCUAAAGCUGCCCUGAGCACUUGUGCUCUUACUUGUGGGGCCCCUCACCCUACUCCUGGUCUCUGGCUUCUGGCUUCUGGCCCUCCUUUUCAGCCUCAGCCUCCUCCCUGCCCUGUGGUUCCUUGCCAAACAUCCCUGGAAGAAGUAUGUAGACAGGACAUUGCACACAGACAUGUCUGGCAUCACCAAAUCCUACCUGAGUGAGCGUGGCUCCUGCUUCUUGGUGGCUGAGUCUGAAGAGAAGGUGGUGGGCAUGGUGGGAGCCCUGCCCGUUGAUGAUCCCACGUUGAGGGAGAAGCUACUUCACCUCUUUAUGGCCUUGGGCACUGUCGUCAGGGGAUAGCAAAAGCCCUGGUCAGGACUGUCCUCCAGUUUGCCUGGGACCGCGGUGAUGGUGAAGUUGUCCUUGGCAUGAAUACGGUGCAGUUUUCUGCCCUGGCUGUCUACCAGAGCAUGGGCUUUGAGGAGACGGGUCAGUCCUAUCUCACCGUGAGCGGCAGGCUAGUGGCUGUUGCUACAGUUCAUUCCAUCUACCGCCUCCCUUCUGCUCAGGCAGGGGGUCUGUGAUAUCUUUGUUUGUGUGUCCGUCAGAAUAGAAUCCACUCUGCUGUAGCAUUAAGCAAUCCCCAACCUUUCAGUGCAUUGACACAAUAAAAGCUUAUUGUCCAUUCUCA